CCGCACAGACUGUGAUGAAAGCGAGAGAGAGAGAGAGAGAGAGAGAGACACCGAGGGAGGAGAGGAUGCGAGCAGGUGGAGCGCCUCUCUGCUGAUGCGCGGAUCCACGGACACGUUGUUCCUUCAUUUAACUCCGAAAAACCUCCGGGCUCUUCUGAAGGCUCUGAAAACUAAGCAGGUGCCAAGAUGGGGAACGGUUCAAUGAAAUCAAAGCGCUACAAACACACUGACGGCUGUGCGCACAAAGAUCAUGGCGGUGGGUUCAAAAACUCGACCCUGGAUUUCCUGAGGGCCCGGGUGGAGGAGCUGGAGCGAGAGGGCAAGAGGAAGGAUGAGGAGCUUUGUGUCAAAGAGCAGCAGAUCAAAGGUCUCCAGGAGCAGCUGGCCAAACACACGCGAGUGCUGGCCGAGAUGAGCGAGGAGCUGCAGAGUAAGUGCAUCCAGCUCAACAAACUGCAGGACGUGAUGAAGAGCGGAGCAUCGGCGGGUCUUGCUUCGAGGCCUCCUUCAGUCAAAGUCAGCAGCAGAGGCAGCCCCAACCUCAGCAUUCGCAUCAAGGAAACCCUGAACAGAAGGAAAGGCGCCAAAGCCGGGGUAUCUGCCGAACCCACAUCCAGAACAUACGACUCCAGCGGUCUGCCGAAGUUCUCCUUUGAGAAGGCUCGGGUACCAAAGGAUGCAAGUGUGAAGAAGCUGCUGACAGAUGCCCUCAACAAGAACCAAUACCUGAAGAGGCUGGAGCUGCAGCAGAUCAAAGACAUGGUGGAGUGCAUGUAUGAGCACACUUACCAGCAGGGAGAGUACGUCAUCAAGCAGGGAGAGCCUGGGAACCAUCUGUUUGUCCUGGCAGAUGGGAAGCUGGAUGUGUUUCAGCAUAACAAACUGAUCACGUCGAUAACGGUGUGGACUGCGUUUGGGGAGUUAGCCAUUCUGUACAACUGCACGCGGACCGCAUCAGUGCGAGCUGUGAACAAAGUGAGGACGUGGGUUUUGGAUCGGGAAGUUUUCCAGAACAUUAUGAGGAGGACGGCCGAGACACGACACGAACAGUAUCGCAACUUCCUCCGAAGUGUUUCACUUUUGGCUAAUCUACCAGAGGACAAGCUAAGCAAAAUAGUGGACUGCCUGGAGGUGGAAUACUAUGACAAAGGCGAGUACGUCAUCCGGGAGGGAGAGGAGGGCAGCACCUUUUACAUCAUCGCACAAGGAAAGGUGAAAGUGACCCAGACCACCGAGGCCCACAAGCUGCCACAGAUCAUCAACACACUGCAGAGGGGAGACUACUUUGGAGAAAAAGCACUUAUAAGUGACGACGUCAGGUCCGCCAAUAUCAUUGCCGAUGAGAACGGGGUGGAGUGCCUUGUCAUCGACAGAGAGACAUUUGAUCAGACAGUGGGCACCUUCAAUGAGCUGCAGAAGUACCUCCAAGGGUACGUGGCAACACUCGAUCGCGACGACAAGAAGAGACAUGCCAAGAGGUCUGUGUCACGCCACCAAAGUCAGCCUCUGUCUCCUGACGUCAUCCAGCUGAAGGAACUGGUUUCCAAAUUCUCUUCAUCCAGGCCCUUUGAUCACCUGGAGGUCAUUGCUACCCUUGGGGUCGGCGGGUUCGGACGAGUAGAACUGGUGAAGGUGAAGGGUGAGGAUAUCACCUUUGCACUCAAGGUCAUCAAAAAGAAGCACGUGGUGGACAACAGGCAGGAAGAACACAUCCACUCGGAGAGGAGGAUCCUCGCAGAGGCUCGCUCGCCUUUCGUAGUCAAACUGUAUCGCACAUUCAAGGAUAACAAAUAUGUGUACAUGCUGCUGGAGGCCUGUCUGGGUGGAGAGGUCUGGAGUCUGCUCAGGGACAGGGGCAGCUUUGAUGAACCUGCUGCUAAAUUCUGCGUGGGCUGUGUCACGGAGGCUUUCGAGUACCUCCACCGGAAAGGUGUUCUCUACAGAGACCUGAAGCCUGAGAACCUCAUUCUGGAUUCUGAAGGAUACAUCAAACUGGUCGACUUUGGUUUUGCCAAGAAGAUCAGAUGUGGCCAGAAGACUUGGACCUUCUGUGGCACUCCAGAGUAUGUGGCACCGGAGAUCAUCCUCAACAAAGGCCACAACUUCAGUGUGGACUUCUGGUCUUUGGGCAUCCUGGUGUUUGAGCUUCUUACCGGCAGUCCUCCGUUCUCAGGAAUUGACCAGAUGAUGACGUACACUUUCAUCUUGAGAGGCAUUGAGAAGAUGGACUUCCCGAAGAAGAUAACAAAGAGACCGGAGGACCUCAUACGCAAGCUAUGCAGGCGGAACCCCUCAGAGCGACUGGGUAAUCUCAAAAAUGGAAUAACUGAUAUUAAGAAGCACAGGUGGUUUAAUGGCUUCAACUGGGAGGGGCUGAAGGCAAGGACGUUACCAUCGCCACUGAAAAGAGAACUUACAGGACCAACAGAUCACAGUUACUUCGACAGCUACCCUCCAGAUGAGGACAGUCCUCCUGAUGAGCUGUCUGGUUGGGACAUGGACUUCUGAGGACUUAUCCUCCAUCUUUCCAACAUUUUCCUUCCACUGCACACAUUAACAACUAAAGUAUAAUAGGAAAAGUGGACUUACAGGUGACUUUACAUCACCUCAGCCAUGGUUUAGCAGCUUUAUAAUUGUCACAGAUUGACAGAUAAACGAAAAUGGGAUAUUACCAAAAGGUAAACCAGUAUUGCUCCUGCAUCUCCAUACAGUAUGUGCACAUUUGAAUGGAAGCCUUCAAGGUGUAAAGGUUUACUGCUCGACUUUGCUUUUACUCUCUGUUUCACACUAUCUUUGACAAAGAUGUCGAGAAAAAUCGAUGCGAUUCGAAACAGUUUUAAGCUGCUCCAACAGCCGUGUCAGCAUUCAGCAUUCGAACAAAACUGGAUGUGAAAUCUUUUACAAGCUUUUACCUCAGAGGAGUUGGGCCACCACCACGACAUUUGCCAGGAGCAGAUUAAGAACAUUACCAGAAAGGAUUUUAAUAAUAGCAACAAAACAGAAGGUUCUGGUUAAUGUUGGUCAGUGUCACAUUAAUUAGCAUGAAGCUGCCUAGCUUGACAUACAGGAUUAAUGUAUUAAUCAUUAACCCAGACAAAACUUCAGAUGUAGCCCCGUUAUGCAACAAAAAAAGAAAUAUUUGUAAUAUUUGUGUCGAAUCACAUUAAGUCAGGUAAGUUAACACUCCUUAGCUGGCUAAUGUUAGUAGGCUAAUAGGACACUCAGGGCUACUGUGGCUGCACAGAAUCAACUAGCUCAAUUUGUGGUAUUACUGUGGAAUAUAACAUUAGGUUCCCAUAGUUAGAAUAAGUAAGGCUAGCAUCACAGUAGGAUAAAAUCCUUUCUAUACCUUCUAUAUGACGUACACUCAUCAGCAACUGGGAGUCACGAGCCAUAUUACCAGUUCAACAACUCGUGCAGCCGUAGACACUCAGUAACAGAAAUGCCACACAAAUGGCUUAAUCGGGUCACUGCAGAGUUCUCCUUGGAGUUAAACAGCUCGUUAUGAAGCCGUCGCCCUGGAAGUGGGUAUUGGGAUACACUAGGAGUCCAUAAUAACACUAUUAUAAACAUUACUGAGCUUCUCUAUAAUCUGCUGCUGAUAUGUGCUGCACCAGAGUGGUGUGUUGGAUAAACACCCCCACCCCAUAUUCAAUUAAAAUGUUUAUUUUUAUUUAUAUAGGCCCGGUUCAGAACAGUUGUCAUCUCAAGACUCAUUAUAUUAUAAGCUAAAGAUCCUACAGUAUUACGGAGAGAACCUCACAGAUCAGAUGAUCCCCUUUGAACAAGUACCUGGUGAAGAGGAAGCGCUCCCACCUAACAGGUAGAGAAGCAGAACCUGCUUCAGGGAGGGGCAGGAAACUAACCAAAACUACAGGAGAGUUGAUUCCAUGCAAUAGGGCGAUAUAAACACAUGGGAAGUGAUAACAGCCAGCACUGUGACUGGGGGAUAAACUCCUCCAUGUUAGUGUGAGCCCCUCUGUAAAGCACAGUAACCCUGUGAGUUAUUUUACAGCUGGUGAAAGAGAACCUGCACUUUAACCAAUCCUGAACAUGCACUGUAUUCUUAAAAACAUCUCCCAGUGGCAAAGUGGACAUUUCAGGGUAGCUUUCCAGCUGGUAAUGCCCACAAAAAACAGUAAAAACACAAUUCAUUGUACUAACAUCACAUUAAAGUAACUACAGAAAUGCAGAAAUUACAGAAAUGAUUCAUGGUCGUGUUUGUAGUUUUAGAUUUGCUGAAGUUAUUGGGUACAGCUUAAGCUUUUUUAAAUUUGCCCUCAGGCACGGUACAUUUUAUGGAUGGUCCAGAAAUACUCGGAUGGUGUCAUCAAGCUUCACAACCAAGAGUUUAAUCAGCUCAGCCUUCUUUGCCAUAGGUCACACUAUUAUUAUUUUGAAUUCCCUAAUUGCUCUUUUACUUCAGAAACACUGGUGCGGCCUUUAUUUCUAACAGCUAAAGGUAAUUUGAGGAGACGACACUGCGUUGAAACCCAACACACGCUGGAUAUGUACCCCGACAGAAACAUCUAUGAAGCAUCUGUAGCUCCUUGCGCCAACUGUGUUAUCCUCACAGCCUCUUCACUUUUGCCACAGAUGACAAACAUAAAGACAGGAACACCUUCUCUCCACUUGAAUCAUAAAGUGUGAGCGUCUCGCAGUGGGCUGCCUGAGCCGGAGACAUGUUUGGUGGUUCUGAGCCGUUGAUGAUGUGAGGAGGAACAGCAGAGGCCAAAGUGAGCAGAAUGUGUUCAGGGUUUACUGUGAGGUGAUUCUGAGGAACCUGGGGUUUAAAAUAGUGUGUUUUCCAUUUUAAACAUUUGAGGUUUAAAUCAGUUGUGUACCACGUCUCUGUGUAUAUACUCAAUAAUGUAAAGCACAAGCAUCCGAAAUACACAGUUUAUACAAUCUAACCUACUUGCUCCUUUAUAUAAACCUUAAAAAACGGGAGAGUUAAUUUGUAAAUAUCAUGUAUAUUGUAAAUGUGUCCUCUGCUUGGUGAAUGUAUGUGUGAGUUUGGAGGAGCAGUGCUGUUUCAGGACAGAGCUGUGGGAUUUUUUAACUGCAUCUACACAAUCCCUUCAGACAGAUCGGUUUAGCAUUUGAACUUUUUCAUUGUGAAGUAACUCCAGUAAUUCCAGUUUCCUUAGGGCUGAUCUGGAGGUUCUAGUCCAAACAGAUAUUUCCUUUUCCUUUUAACAGCCCUAAAAGAGGUCUUACCUGUGGUUGGAUCACACUCAAAGAUGUGGGCUGUCCUAGAGUGGCCCACUUGUUGCUGCAAUGGAAAACUGGAGGUGGAUUUAGACGUUGCAUUCACAAAUUCUACUGUCAUUACUGCAGAGGCAGGUCUGAUGGUAAAAGCAGAGGUAUUUUGGUUAAUGGCAGUCAGCUGAGCCCUCUCUGACAAAUGAAGCUAGUGGUGUGUGUGAGAGUGGAAGUUGUUGGUUUAUUUAAAUGAUUCAUGAUGUCUUGCAUUGUAAUCAGAAGAUGCUGAUCACAAAAAAAUGGAAAUGUAUCAUUGUGUGAAAGUGCAAUUUUAUGAAGGUAAAAAUGAUGCAAAAUUCGAGAGCCUGUAAGAUAAAAUGUGGAAAACAUUUUAAGCAUUGUUUUCACUUUUAAAAAUGUUUCAUUCUCUACAAGCUCUCACAUGUUGCUACAUAUUUACCUUCGUACAGUUUAGGCCAGCAAGCCCACGAGGUGUGAUCAUAAAGUUAUGAGAACGGGUCAAUAAACAAAGAAACGUUGCCCAGUUUGAGUCAACUUGUUGUGCAACUUUGGACCAUUUUCAGCGUGGCUGCUAUUCUCUCAGAGGAAGUCCCAUUAUGUACUUGUACCUCUGGUAUGUGCUGGAUUUAUUCCACUGCGUCAAAAUGGUGAUUCCUCAACCUUUCAGUGGGUGUGCUUCAACCUUUCAGAAAGGCAAAUCUGUCAAGUGUACUUUGCACUCAAACUGGACAGCUAAAAACCUGCUAAGCUGUACCUACAGACCCAGCUCUCAUCAGCCGUGACAGUGCGAGAUAGAAAAUCUGGGUCAGCUGGAAGCAGAAGUCUGAGGUUGGUGAGAAAUCGCGGCGAGCACACUGAAAUUUGUCAGAACUGGACAUCUGGGGAGGGAUCUAAAAAUAGCAGCCACGCUGGAAGCUGAACACGCCUGAGAAGAUGAACUUAUGCGAUUGGCCAAAUAUAAAUCAGGCAAAGCUUUUAAAUUUUACGAAUAUGUUCGAAAGCUCUUAAUCAAAUUUGAUAAGAUAAUAACAGAUGCGUAGGGAUGCAGCUAAAUAGCUGACUUUAACACUUUAAAAUGGUUGAAGACAAAGUGAUUGAACUUAACUGGAUUGCUAAUCAGCACACAUAUUGUGCUACACUGUAUCUACACCUGCCUUUGUCUGAUGCGAUCCUAAAAAUAUAUAUAUACACUGUAUAUGAAAAAAAAAAUGUAAAUAAUCUAAUAAAGGGAGCACACAAACCUCCUUGUACAUACAGAUAUACCUUUAAAUUUUGGUACUUGUACCUUGUACCUCAGAAACUGAUCUUGUGUUAUUUUCAGGAGGUACAGAGGGAGGAAAUACAUGAACUUUAAGUACUUUUCUUUUGUUUUAAAAUGGGAUACAGCAUUUCAUAACCAAAGGUUGACAAAAAAAUAAAUACAAUAAAAGUCUUGAUAGAUUUUGUUCUUGCAUACUUUUAUUCAUUUCUUUGAAUGCUUUGGAAGGAGGGUCCGAGCUCAGAGGAGGGAGACCUUUAAACAGUUCACCACACUUUUAGUCAGUAGUGACAAAUGUCCAUCGCAGAUACAAAGACCAUCGACAUUUCUGAGCUUCGGCCCCCCCUUUCCCAGACCACACCUUUGCAAGAUAUGCAACAUAGAGAAAAUAAAUAGAUGCAUGUUAAAGGCCUUUUCCAUAUACAAAUAUAUUUUAUGAAGCUUAUUGUACAGGCAUUUCUUUGUUUAACCUACAGCACAACAUUUACAAGAGAAGAUGAAACAGUGAAGUAAACGGUCGAUGCGCUGCGCUGUAUAUGACGGCACCGAUUCAUACUCGGAAAGUUUAGACACAAAUGCAGAAAAAGCAAGGAUCCAAAAAGUGACGAGUCAGCAGUCGUCACAUCUGCAAAGUUGUACUGGCACAAACGGAGGAAGCCACUUCAUUCUAUAACAUGCAUUUCUAAAAAUUGUGUCGGCACAAAACGAGGAAGCACAAACUGUAAAACGUGUCAGUACAAAAUAUAGAAAGUUACACAAUCUGCCCUCGGGUAUUGACACAAAAUAAAUGUCUCUGGAUUAUCAAAAUGGUUUGAAAUACAUUUGAGAAUAAAUUCCACAAAAGAAUACGCGCUAUGUUCACUCUGGAGCCUAUUUUGUACCAUAAGAAAAAUACUCAGCUGCUUGCUUUGACUUGAGCUUCACGAUGAAUCAACUCAAACUUUUUGUAAAGCAGAAAUCCACCCAUUCAAAAAGGCACUUCUAUCUCAAAGACGCAUCAUUGUAGUAGAGUGAGCUAUAUACAAAGCCAAUGUACAAGUGUAUAGAAAAAAACGCUGCUAUAAUUACGUCUAUUUGCUCUGAAUAAAUAUUUGGUUUUAUGAACUGUGACAAUAACGCACAACUCAAGGCAAGGUUACGACAUGUUAACUGCUCCUCCAGGUGUGCCUGUUGUUUGUAGCUGAUCUGACUCAAAUAACACACCCUCUAAUGAUUUAUGUAAAACCCACUCUGUAGAAUAAUACACAGUAAUAAUAAUGAUGGUCAUAUUGCUCAUACUGCUCAAAACGUGAAAAACAGCAAGGACAUAAUAAUGCACAGCUUGUUUUUGUUUCAUCUCAUUUUUUCUGCUGCCACCACUGUAGCUUGCACCAAGUACCACUUUUUUGUUUUUCUUGAAACAGAAAAACAGCACAAAGGUGAAACUGAAAUCCAAGUAGAGUCAGAGUAGUGGUACCUUUCAAUAUCCUAUAGCUUCAAGAGGUUUUGGGGUGAGAACAGGUAAAAAAGAAAAACUUGCAUAUGUAUUUUUCCUGUGAGAAUAAAAUUUUGCGAGGAGAGUAUUUAAAUGAAUCAUAAAAACUUAAUUUGCUAAGUUUGGUAGCAGGCAGUUUACCGCAAAUUGUGCUCAAUUUAACACUGAAGAAAACGUCUAUUUUGACCUGAUGGGGCUGUGUUAAUUUCAAGUGUUCGUUUAUUUUAAGCCAUCUACCAAUUAGUACGAAUGAAUGGCUCAAAGCUGUCAGCCCGUCCUAAAGCGCUUCACCCCAAACGUUUACAGCGGAGCCCCACAUGUUUCUGGUCCUCAGUAAUACUGGUGUUUUGAUGAAACGGAUCAGAAUGUAACUGAAUUUGAAGCGGAGCGUCGCAGAGAAGAAAAAAGUCCCAGCAGAAGUUGCACCCCUACAAAAAUCCAUCUUCUGCUGGGUUUUAAAGGCAGCCAAAUUACUUUUUCAGAAAUGUUAUCCACCUCCACCUCCGAGACCUCACACAACACUUUCCAUCAGUUUCUAACAGAAGAGUACAUCAACAACAUAUUUCUCCUUCAGCUGCCUCUCACUGAGCAUUAAUUUUUGCAAUUCUGGCCUCACGCUAACAAGUUAAUCUGGCCUCACCUAUGAGGUUUACUCAUAAAGCUUUUUCAUUUUCUCGGUGAAGCAAAACAUGCCUCAGAAUGUCCCUGUUAAUGAGGAGACCACAUAAAUGUAGCUUACUCGUCCACCUAUAAUAAACUCUAAAAAAAUGUUGGUUCUGUACAACAACAGAGUUAAACAUAAAUAUGUAAAGCAACCUAAAAGUCUACGUCACAAUUCUGGCUUUGGAAUCUAAUAUAACCCUUUAUAGCAGCCAAGCCAAAAAA